CACACCUGUUCAGUAGUGCGAUAAUACUUGCUACGUAAUGUAGUUGCGAGCUUUCAAAGAAUCUUUAUUGGACAUCAUUUGUUCCUACAAACUCUUUCUAUACAACAUUUACCCGUCCGUUUAAGUCAUUGGAGUAAUUAUACUAUUUCUUAGCCAUGAUAUAGCCUGUAUUCCAUCAUGGCCAGCAACAACGUCCUCUCUCUAUUGGGAUGGACAUUCCUCCCAAAUCUUGCAACAGGUUGGGUGCAGUCUAUCUACUAUGGCAUAACAAUCCGUGCGGGCGACCGCAAGCCCGCGCCUGGUACACCCCGCUAUAUUGAGCACCGUCGCCGUAUCCACAUCCUUGUCGUAUCGUUGUAUCUACUCUACACCAUUUACGAAGCCGAUUAUGAGAUGCGCCGCGCCUCAGACUACUACGCCGACCUCGGUAUUUCCUUCUCCGCCUCCGAGCGCGACAUCAAGAGCCGCUUUCGCCGUCUCGCUGCCCUCCACCAUCCGGAUAAGCUGAUGAGCUCUGGAACCGCCGAUGGGACUGAAGGAGAUUUCUUCAUGCAUCUUAAGACAGCCUCCGACACCCUCGUUGACCCCGCUCGACGUUUCGCAUACGAACGCUUCGGUCCCGACGUUGUGAGCUGGAAACAUUGCCUUACCGUGCACGAUUACGUCGUCCGUGGUGCUCAGGUCUUGAUACCCUACUAUGGCUUCGCCGCUGUAGCUAUGUACGUGCUGGGGCUCUUGGGCUACCUUGACUGGGGACGAUACUGGCGAUGGUUGACGUUAAUCGUGUUAUGCGUCUUUGAGCUGCACACCGUCACGCGCCCAUCUUUCCCUCGCUUCCUAGAUAACCUUGUGAACCCACUUCUCACGCGCUUUACCACCCACCCGCCUUACCUACCAUUCCAAGUCAUUUCCCUCGCGCGCAAGUUGAGUAUUACGUUAUACAUAGCCUUUUCGCAAAUAGGCCCAUUACUGCAACCUCCAGACCAGCGGGGAAAGAAGCCGGGCGAGGCGUCGGAGAAGCAGUUGUUACAGAAUAUAGACAGGCUUGAGCACACGGCGCGCAGCAUGGAUGUUGAUGUGACGCGGCUCAUGGAAUUGGAGAUGGCGCCCUUUGCCGGCGACCCUGAGGUGAUAAGCACCAUGCGAAUGAAGCUCAAGGAAUGGCUUGUUCAGAACACGAUCCGGGCUGAUCCAAUGGUGAAAGACGCUUUGGGGCGAUCGUUUCAGAAGCGGAGAGUAGACGCGCCUGCUGGGGCUAAGGGUAAUAGGUGAUGAAGCAUAAGUCGAGUAUUCACUUAGUUAGCGAUUGUACACAUGAAUCUACAUGAUUGAUUUACUGCCA